GAACUGGAGCAUGCAAAGCUGCCGUCGACACCUUACUUAGAAGAAGAACGAAGCUACUUUACACCGAUUAGCACCUUUCAUCUUCCAGGGAAGAAAAGCAGGUCAUUUCACAGUCGAACUCCGUACGAGUGAGGGAAAUCUAUCCUUACCGCCCAGAUAUAUGGCCCAGUUUCAACGAGCCAGAAAAUAUUUGUCACGUUUCGAAGCACAGGAGCAGAGGAGCCGGAAACGGGUACGGCUAGUUGGUGGUUCAUGGUGCAGGAAAAGCUCACGAAUAAUUCGAACCUCGAUCGGACCGGCCGGAGCCGAUUACUGUGUUUACAGCGGACGGUUCAUGUUCAUUUCAUCGCAAGAUGAGUGCGCGAUAAGACGCAUCUCUACUGCUUCUCGCUGAUAAGACAAAUGUGGAAUGAGUGCAGGUAGAACGUAGACAGUGUGUGUGUGAGUGUAUACGUGUGGAAUUGCAAAAGGACAUUCAAACAACGCGUGUGUGCUACAAAUUUAGUGGAAUAAGGCGCUGCAGCAAGCUGUUACUAUUAAGAACCCGACAAGGAUACACACAAUUAUGCCAAACACCAUGGGCCACAUUAAGAGCUCGAUCGUUUUAGUGCUAUUUACACAGCUGCUCGGCCACAGUGAACCGAAAACGAUCGUUUUCAAUUCAUACUCGAAUGAACCGGCCCACCAACCGGAGAGCAGCCGGAAUGUGACCAGCGAGCAGCAACCAAUCGCUGGCAGUGCACACCGCCAGGAAGCAAGUGAAUCCUCCGGCCGAGGGUUCUCCAGUGGCGGUGGCAGUGGAGCACCUAGCUUCCCAUUCUCGAUACAUCCCGAUUUCCUGUCGAAGCCGGUGCAGGUGGCGAGACCGAACACCGGUUACAAGACGCCGAAAUACAUUGUCUAUCCGAGCUACUCGCAAAACACUCCCAACAGUGUACCGUACUAUAACGCUCCAGUCGCAAUGGACCGAUUUGCACCCGGCGAAGCGUACGGCGGCACCAUCUACAAGCUGAAGAAGCAAAAGCAACCCGCAGCCGCCGCUCCGUUUGCAUCGAUACCGGCCGCUUCCUUCAACAGCCCGGUCAGCGUACCGGUCCCGAGUGCGCUGCGCCCUGCUGCCUCCGACAACAGUCCGGUCAGUGUGCCUGCGCCACCGUCAGGACCGCCAUCACCACCAGGACCACCACCGUCCCAGCCAGACCAACCGAUCUUUGUGCCGACGCCCGUGCCCAACUCUGGUGACGAUGCCAUCGGUACCAUAUCGGUUGGUCCGGGCAAGCCGCAGUAUCUGCCGCCGAGCUACUCCGAUAAUCGCCCACCGAUGCAGCAAAUGGCACCGAUGAUGGCGCCGCAGCAGAUGAACAAAAUGCCCCCGCAGAUGGCGAUGCCGAUGGCGAGUGCUCCGGCAAUGGAUGGCCCACCGUCCGGCCCACCGUCCGGCAUGGAUGCAGACUACGACCAUCACCAUCACGACCAUCACCAUCACGAGCAUGAUUUUCCUUACUUCACCGGCUUCGACCAUGAUCACUAUCCGGACAUCAUCUUCGACCACGAUCACGAUCAUCACCAUCAUCACGACGAGCCUACGACGACGCCCGCUCCUCCGCCACCGCCACCGCCGGCACCGGAAACGCCCCGGCUUAAGAACUACAGCUACUACUACCUCAGCCGAACGCUUUGGUACGUGCCGCUGUACUUUACGCUGUACUUCACCGUGUACGUUGCGAUUCUGAUCAUCCGGUCCAUCGCUCGCCAUAAGGUUAAUCUACCGAAUCAAUGGGUCGGCAAUACGCGAUCGUUUGGCAGCAUCCGGGACCUGAGCAACAAGGAGGUGCAGGAGAAAGCGAACAUGAUGGCAGCGUUCGCGAUGAAGCAGAUCGAGGAUUUUAGGGAAAAAUAUUUAUAAUGCAUUAGCGCUUAGUGGCAGGAUUGCGAGGAGUCCCACGGUUAAUUGGACGCUAGACAUGCUCACCCAGGACGCAGCCAUGGACAGCAGUCGGGUGGGAAUGUUUAUUGAUCAAUGAAGAACUGUAAACUACCUGGUAUUGAGGUUAA